GGAGCGCGAGGCAAGGCAGCGGGGUAUAGGGAGUAUGUGGGAGCUGCGGAAAGCGAACGCGUUUUGUUUUUAUGCGAAAUAAAUUAGAUAUACAUGUCGUUUAAAUAGCAAAACAUCAUCUCGCUGCUGGGGACAGUCUGUCGGUUGUUUACGCCUCCUGUGCUGUUGUUUUUUUUAACUAGAAUAUCUCAAACGUGAGGAUUAUUGGGAUGUUGGCGGCGGAGAACCCAUCAGCGGACGGACAUUUGGCCGCGUCGACUCCCCGUAGAAGAGGGAUGGAUUGUAAAUCGAGCAACAAUGCCAACAAGAAACUUAUCCAAGCUCGUCUCCCAUUCAAGCGCAUGAACUCUGAACCUAAAGAGAACCAGCCUCCUAAACGUCCUUGUGCACAUGCCUGCCCCAAACCAGGAGUCCCAGACAGAGAGAAUGAGAAUGAGAAUGAGAAUGAGUCCUCUGCACUCCCCGUACACAGUGGAACACCCUUGGUUAAUGGUCGCGGGCCCCUUGAUGGCUUCCUGAGCCGUAGGCGCCCUGCACCAUCAGAUGAGAACAUGGUUAUAGAUCUGACUGAAGACAACUCCUCGUCUCCCACAAAGCGCCUUGUUUCACCUGCUGCCGCCUCUCCCUGCCUCCCAGCAAAAGACAAGCAUCAGGGCAAAGACAAAACUGAAUCCUCUGGGAAAUCCAGCAAUGUGGAUCACACUCCUAAAACAAACACUUUAGACUGCACAGUAGACAGCGAAGAUGAGGAAGAAAAAGAAGAAAAAGCAGAAGAAGAGGAGGAGGAGGAAGAAGAUGAGGAGGAGGAGGAAGAAGAAGAAGAUGAUUGUAAUCAGACAGCCUCUAUUUCACAGCUUGACACAACACAGGAUUCUGAAAGUGAGCCAGAGGAGCAGGAUGAGCCCGAAAACGUUUCCAGUUUAGGAAACCGGUCCACGCUGUCAGCUUCAUCAGUCAGCUCCACUUCUGAGAGCUCACCAGAGAAGACGGAUGGCCCCACACCCACUAGUACACCUACACAGCCAAAGACCACCCCCAAGAUACCAUCAGAUCAGAAAAACAUCAAAAGACGCUCAUUGAAGAAUGAACAAGAGGAGAAACUCCGUCUGCGUGAGGAAAAAGAACGCCAGAAGGAAGAGGCUAAAGCGGCAAAGAUGAAACAGAAGGAAGAAGCUCGCAGGCUAAAAGAUGAGCAAGAAAAGGAAAAACGAGAGAAAAAGGAAAAAGAGAAACGAGAGAAAAAGGAGAAGGAAGAUAAGGAAAAGGCAGACAAGUUAAAAGCAAAAGAGGAGCUGCGGAAAUCAAAGCUAGAGGCAAAGCUGGAAGAAAAACGGAAGAAAGAAGAGGAGAAGCAAAUGAAGGAAGAGGAGAAACGGUUGAAAGAAGAGAAGGAUCGCCUCAAAGCUGAGAAAGCAGAAAUUACACGUUUUCUGCAGAAAUCCAAGAUCCAACAGGCUCCAAAGACACUUGCAGCCGCGUGUGGGAAGUUUGCUCCCUUUGAGAUAAAAGGGCACAUGGCUCUUGCACCACUAUGCCGAGUUCAGUGUGAGGACUCUGUUCUGGAGGAACUGGACCGGUGUUUGUUGAACCCUGCUGAUAACCUGAAUGGAAUAAAAGACUGGAUCGGGCUGAAACCCCGCAGCUCAGGACCCACCAACCCCAGACAGAGAGAAUCGCUCUGCGAGUGUACAGCAGCAGAAGGGCCUAAACCAGACGGUGUGCCGGAUCGUAAACAUUGUGGACCCAUGAAGCUGCUGCAGUUCCAUGCAAACUACCGUCCAGCGUACUGGGGCACCUGGAGUAAGAAUAGUUCACACAUCUCACCUCGCUGCCCCUUCAGACAAGACAAGGAUGUGUUUGACUAUGAGGUGGACAGCGAUGAAGAAUGGGAGGAAGACGAACCAGGAGAAUCUCUGUCACACAGUGAAGGGGAAGAUGAAGAGGAAGGAGGUGAAGAUGAUGACGACGAUGACGGCUUCUUCGUUCCUCAUGGCUACCUGUCAGAGGAUGAGGGGGCUCCAGAAGAAGAGGCGGGCGGUGACUUGGAGAAGCAGAAACUACGUCAGAAAGUGAAAGCAAAGGAGUGGGAUGAGCUGAUGUCCACCAAGAAGAAGAUGAAGGUGCUGGACCCAGUGGUGAGGGGCUGCGUCUGGGAGGGAGAAGGACCUGGUUUGCAUCUCCUCCAGCCUUAUGCGUUGUGUAUGGUCCAACCUUUACCCAAGGCCGACACCAGCCCCAGCCCAGAGGCUGCUUCACUGAAGCGUCAGAGGGAAGCACAAUUAUUCAAUCAGCUGCUCCCUCUGCUGCACGGCAACCUCAACAGCAGCAAAAUGAUCAUCACUGAGUUUCAGGAGUUUUGUCGUCAGCAGACCUCCUCCUCCACUUCCUCACCUCCAGAACUGUCCAGCCCUCAGAGUCCAGCAGAAAACGUCCCCACCAGAAUACAGGUGAAGCGUCUCAUCAAGAGCAAUGCUGUUUAUGAGAAGCGCUCCACCUACAGGCGCUGCUGCUGGUACGUGCACACAGAGGUCCUGACCCGUUGUGGGCAGGAGGCUCUUCCUGUUCCCUGCCAGUGGACCUACCUCACCAGCGGAGCUCGAGAAGAGUCCCGUGAAGAACCCCAGGCAGCCACGGGCUCUCAGGGAAACUCUCCCACUACACCACAGACCUCCUCCACCACGUCUUCAUCCUCCAACAAGAGGAAGAGCACAGGCAGCAUGUCAAUCACCAAGUUCAUGAAGAAAUGCACUGACCCAGAGCAGACUGAAGCAAUGGAGGCAGACGGUUUUCAAGCUGACACAGAGGAAGACGACGAGGAAGACUGCGUCAUCAUCGCCACACAAAGUGGCUCAACCAGCAAGACCUCCUCCAGUGAGGGAGACUCUCUGAUGGAAGUCACCCCCUCCGACACGGCGGCUCUCCCCGUCGCCAGCGCUGCUCCAACACUUGCCACUGCCUGAGGACCGUUUAGGCCGGAUCCUAAUAAAUGUCACUUCCUGGUUCUGAACUCUACUGUGUCCAAGACAGAAUCAAGUCUACAAGCUAAGGGAAAGCAGCGCACUCUGAAACAGGCAACUCACAGCAGGUGGCUUCUGCUCAGCAUCAAGUUCCUUCUCGCUUUUUUUUUUUUUUUUUUUUUAUGAGACAGAAGUCAUCUUGCCUGACAGAUGAAGUUGUGCCUAAAAUCAGGACGGUCUGACUUAAUUAUUAAGGGCAGUUUUGUCCGAUGUUCAUUAACUAUGUGUCUGAUUUUUGCAUUGAAGUGUCGGUCAGGCACGUUUGUCGUGGGCCCCUUUAAAGUCUCUCUGGCACUGCUUUAUCUACGGCAGAUUGGGUUGAGCAGAGGGAGGAAGAGCAGAACGGAAAAUGCCCAAACGUUCAUGAGAAGAAGCAUUCAAGACAUCAAGAACAGCAUUAUUUACGGUUCUUGAAAUGUUUGAAUUCAUGACGUUAUUGGAUAUCUUCCUAGUCCAAAUGUGUGUGUGUAUGUGUGUAUGUAUAUAUAUAUAGUUUACCAGAAAUAAGAGUUGGGAAACGAGAGGCUAAAAGUCCAUCUGUACAUUUCCCCUUCGAUUUUCAAUGGGUGCAUUUAUUCUGCAAUUUCUAACUCUGACAACUCGCUGGAGUAGUUGCUAGAUCUGUACUUGUACAGUUAGGUCCAGUGUCACAUUGUUUUAUAAAUAUGUAUUUUUUCAAGAAUACUUGAACAGGAUAAAAUUCAUUAAACAUGAAUAAAAGUACUGCACUUUUAUAUUCCAUUCAUUAAUCGUCUUUUUCUUAGCAUGGCACUAACACUGUCACUAACGCUGUCACCGUCCUGCCAGUCCUUAAUGUUUCUUAUCAGGGACUAUUCUGUUUGAGAAUAAAAGAUGCUGUCGUGCCUGAGGCUGCUCAACAGUUGUUCUGUAUAAAGUUGUUCCGCCGUUGAACACAAUCAGAUUCUGUGAAACAAAUGGGAUGUUAAGCAACUGUUGCCACUGCAAAUGAUUUUUAAUCCUAACUUUAUGACUUCUCUAAAGGCAGCUGUAACAAAAAUUGUUCUUCCACAGAAUUGUGAAUGUGUCACAAAUUCUGAGAAUAACCAUUUUUGGGACUGACUUUUUAUUAUUGUGUCUCAUCAACAUACAGUGAUGUAUGAAGCCCUUAAAGUCCUGGAAGUACUUUUAAUAUUGUGGGAACAAGUUUUAAUCUUGUGCGAAUAGGAUAAAUAACCAAUGUACUGUAGGAGCUCCGUUAAAAAAGGCCACUAAAGAUGUUUAAAAGUACGUGAUAAAGAUACUGGUGGGUCACAUAAUUUGGUAGAAUACCAUGUAUGUAUGGGGACAUCUUGCAAAAGGACUACACACAGUUACUGUAAAUGCCAACACUGUUGUGUUACUGAAGAGUGUCAAACAAGAAGUUCUGUAUAGUAGAGGCAUCUAGGUCUGCAAUUACAACUUGAAUAUAUGCACAUCUGGCUAGGGCAAUUUAGGUAAUUGGUCAUUUUUGUAUUUAUUGAAGGGAAAACUUUUUUCUUGAAAGAACUGCUCAACUGCUAAGGGACAAU